AGUAUGAAAAAUCUCUUCCCCAAAGCAGAAUUAUUCAUGUUUACUUGUCAAUUCAAGAUUCAAGCAGCCACAGAUUAUUUGUUGUGAUUUUUCUCUUUGCACAGCCAGUAAUUUUUAAUACUGUGAUUGUGAUCUUCACUAAACAGCGCAUAAAAUAUUGAUGACAUGGCAAAACCUAUGCGAGAUGUUGUUUUGGCCAAGGAUUUACCAUCAUCAUUGUUGCUUGAAAAACACAUAGAAUUCCUGACAUCCUACGGGACUGAUAAAAACGACUAUGAAUUUUGUAUGACAGAAUAUAUGAGAAUGUCAGGAAUGUACUGGGUGAUGACAGCACUAAAUCUUGCUGGUUGUCAAGAUCGACUACCUGCAGAAGAAGUAAUAUCAGCUGUUGUGAAAUGUCAAGAGGAAUCUGGGGGAUUCAUGGCAAGUCCAGGCCAUGAUGCUCAUAUUCUAUACACCCUAAGUGCUGUUCAGAUUUUGGUGAUGUAUGAUGCUAUUGAUCAAAUCAAUAUUGAAUCUCUUGUAUCAUAUGUUUCUGGGCUUCAAAAGGAAGAUGGUAGUUUUGUUGGUGAUAAAUGGGGUGAAGUAGACACAAGGUUUUCAUUUUGUGCCGUUGCCUGCCUUUCUUUAGUGAAUCGUUUGGAUGCUAUUAAUAUGGAUAAAGCAGUUGAAUUUGUAAUGUCCUGCAUGAAUUUUGAUGGAGGAUUUGGUUCUUGCCCUGGUGCAGAGAGUCAUGCUGGACAAAUUUACUGCUGCGUAGGAUUCCUAUCAAUUACCGGUGAAUUGCAUCGAGUGGAUGCAGAUCUCUUAGGCUGGUGGCUCUGUGAAAGACAGUUGCCCUCUGGUGGCUUAAAUGGUCGACCUGAAAAACUCCCUGAUGUGUGUUACUCAUGGUGGGUACUGUCUUCUCUCAGCAUUUUGGGUCGUCUACAUUGGGUUCACAAGGGCCAGCUUGUGAAAUUCAUAUUAGCAUGCCAAGAUACGGAAACUGGAGGUUUUAGUGACCGCCCAGGAGAUAUGCCAGAUCCCUUCCACACUCUCUUUGGUCUUGCUGCUCUGUCACUGUUGGGUGAGUCUCCAUCCAUCAAACCUGUAGACCCUACCUAUUGCAUGCCUGUGCACUGUUUACAACACCUCAAUUCAAAGCCUCAAAGAUUGCAUAUCUAGAAAAAAAAAACUCUGUGUAUAAUAUGACCCAAAUUUUUACCAGUAUAUUUUACUAUUGUUAUUAUUCAAGUAGGUAGACCAUUGUAAUGUUUCAGAAACCAUUUAAUCACUGUAGUAAACCAGCACAAUCUGCAAUUUCAGAUAAUUAUGGAGUUUUUAAAAUUAGGAUCCUUCUUUUGUAUGCCCAUCAGAGAAUUACUAAUAUGGUUUUGUUGUAAGCCAUAAGGCAUUUCAGACCACAUAUAUGUUCAGUAGAUUUUAUGGUGGACCCUGUUCCUAUUUUCUUACUGUUUGUAUCAUGUUGCUACUAAGAAAUAUAAGGACACAUUCUUAGUUACAUAUAUAUGUAAAA